AUGGCUCGCAAGGUCCUGUGUGUAGCAGAAAAACCUGCGAUUGCGCGUGCUGUGGCCACGCAUCUGUCCGGUGGCUCUUUUCAAACACAUGCAAUUCGAGGAAAUAAAUAUGUCAAAAAUUAUGAGUUUGACUUCAACUUUGGCGGUCCCUGGGGCAACUGUUCCGUCACCGUGACAAGCGUGCUAGGCCACCUUACUGGAUUAGAUUUCGAACGUCAGUACAAAGGAUGGCUUUCUUGUCCACCGGGUGCCUUGUUCGAAGCUCCUGUCAAGGAGGAGGUUGAUAAGGACAAACUGCCAAUUGCAGAAAAUAUCCGAAACCAAGCCAAGUACAGCAAGGCUCUGUUCAUCUGGACUGAUUGUGACCGAGAAGGAGAGCACAUUGGUACAGAAGUCCUCAACCAGGCCAAAAGUGGAAACAACCGGAUUGAGGUCAAAAGAGCCAAGUUCAGCAACACGGAAAGAGCUCACGUUCUUCGUGCCGCUCGGGAACCCAUUGACCUUGAUGAACAUCAAGCCAAUGCCGUCGCAGCGAGAAUCGAGCUGGACCUGCGCAUCGGUGCUGCCUUCACUCGACUACAAACUCUACAACUACAAGCAGUAGUAGCGGUUCUGAAAGAGAAGGUCAUUAGCUAUGGGUCUUGUCAGUUCCCAACCUUGGGAUUCGUGGUGGAUCGAUACCUCCGGGUCAAGAACUUCAAGCCGGAAACAUUCUGGAGUAUUAAAGUGAUGCUGCAACGAGAGGGCAAGAAAGUCAAUUUCUUGUGGAAGCGCGUUCAUCUCUUCGAUCGUGCAGCAGUCACGAUGAUGCUCGAGCGGUGCCUGGUUGCAAAAGAAGCAAAAGUUACCAAAGUGAACCAGAAACCCAAGAGUAAAUGGCGACCCUUGCCUUUGACAACGGUCGAUCUUCAAAUGAUGGGCAGUCGGUAUCUCCGGAUGGACAGUCAAACUGUCAUGAAGGUGGCCGAGGCCCUUUACACGAAGGGUUUCAUUAGCUACCCGAGAACAGAGACGGAUCAAUUUGACAAGGCAAUAGACUUGCAAAAGUUAGUUGAGAAGCAAUACCCGGAUAGCGCAUGGGGCCAAUAUGCCCGAGAUCUCAUCGAGGGAAAGUUCAGAACCCCUCGAUCUGGUCGCCAUAAUGACCAGGCGCAUCCGCCCAUCCAUCCUGUGAGCUGGGUCUCGCCUUCGUCACUGAACGCCAAUGAAAAGAAGGUGUAUGAAUUCGUUGUGAGACGCUUUCUUGCCUGUUGCUCCGAAGACGCAAAAGGCCAAGGUACCGAGAUUGAAAUCCAAUAUGGGGACGAAACUUUCCAUGCCAACGGCCUGAUUGUUCUGGAACGAAAUUACUUGGAUGUCUACGUUUACGACAAAUGGGAAAGCAGCCAGCAGCUUCCCACCUUCGAAAAGGGUGAGCUCUUUGAGCCCACGGAAGCCAACAUCGCGGAGGGCAAGACCACUGCUCCAAGCUUCCUGACAGAACCUGAACUCAUCGGUCUUAUGGAUGCCAAUGGCAUUGGCACCGAUGCGACCAUGGCAGAGCAUAUUGCCAAGAUCAAGGAGCGGGAAUACGUUGUCGUCCACAAAAGAGGAAGUGGGCGAAACGCGGUCGAAGAACUUAUACCGACCCGCCUGGGCAUUGCCCUGGUAGAGGGAUAUGACAAUGUUGUGGCGGGUCUUCCGAACAGUAUCUCUCUUAGCAAGCCCUUUUUACGAAAGGAGAUGGAAUCGCGGAUGCUCGAGAUUUGUUCAGGCACUAAGACCCGCCAGGAGGUCGUGCAGCAGAGUUUGGACAUGUAUCGCGAAGUUUUCAUCCAUACUCAGCGGCGCAUUGAGAUGCUGAAGACAGCCUGCCGAAAGUAUCUAGUGGACGAAGCGACAGGAUGA